UUUUUUUUUCUGCUCGCCCGAUCUCAAGAUCUUCAAUGUAAUGUACACAUCCGGGAAAGAAAUGGACAGCGGUCCACUGGUGUGCGACUGCGGCAGACCUUUCAUGUCCUUACGGACUUUAAACUCGCAUCGUGCGAGGGCAUGUCCGGCCGUGGUGGAAGAGGGGGCGCAAAGGCAGGAGAACAAUGCUGCCCACGACCCGGGGCCAUCCGACAUGGGCGCAGCGAAUCUCGCAGCUGAUGACAACGACGAGGCGGGGGCAGAGGACAACGUGAACGGGGCAGCGGGUGACAACGCAGAGCCAGAAGCGCAACCCGUCGAGUUUUUUGAUAGCUCGCGUAGGCUAGCAACGCUUAUUUUGUCCGCACGUGGCAUCGUCGGUAUGUCGCAUUGCGACGUUGAUGCUCUCUUAUCACUUCUCAAAGACCCGAGGUUCAGCGCGGCGGAUAUUGUGUACCGCACCAGUCGAGAGUGCUUCGCAUGGGCGGGCAGUCUCGCAGAGGCCGCCGGGUGGAAGGAGUCGGACCUGCGUAGUGACGACUGGCCUGAAGGAGCGCACGCCAUCUUGUGGCACCGCGAUUGGCGAACCUCAUUCUUGUCGAUAAUGCAGGUCGCGUUGCAGAAAUGCGAGACGGUUCAUUCCCUUGAAGUGUCCCCGCCGUCGGACGACCACAGUGUGUCCGGUCCGCGCAGUGGGGCGCUAAGCUAUCACACGCAGUCAACCAUUCGAGCGCACAAAGGUGUCGACGAGAAUGGAAAUCCACGAUAUGUGAUCCCUCUCUCACUCUACUCCGACAAGACACACACAGACGGUCGUCAGAAACAGACCGCAUACCCUCUUAUGAUGUCGCUAGCCGACCACGCGUCGGAAGCCACUCUGCUGGCCUAUCUCCCCGUGCCUCAUCAUCGACCCCGUGACAAAGGAUGGGAUCUUCAGUCCAACGCAUUUAGGAAGCGAAAGGCCGUCAUCUUCCACAAGGCCCUUUCGAUGGUCUUGCAAGCUGUGAAGGAGGCGUCGCACGACGGCAUCACGAUACCAUCGACGCGAUUCGGGGACAUGACUGUCCACUCUUUCCUCCUCAACUAUAUACAGGACUAUCCAGAACGAUGUGCGCUGGCGAAUGUGAAGUUUGGUGUAUGCCCCACAUGCACCGUGUCGAAAACGGACCUCGAUGUUGUGGCCGAUUUCACGGACUGCAGGAGAUCCCAGACGCUGGAAACCCAACUCGCAGAAGCCCUAUUCAGGGCGGACGACGAUGACGUGCGCCGCGAAGCUGGAGGGCGAAUGGCAGAGUUGGACAUGCAUAGGCAUGUUGAACAGAACGGCCUUUGGGGGUUCUACAGGGGGCCGAGCGGCGAUGAUCCUCAUCUAGACUACCACCUCAUAUUGCAACCAGACCGUAUGCACACGAUCGAACAUGGCAUAUUCCUGCACAUGGUCGACGCAUUCAGGGCGGUAGCCUUUGAGAAGUUGCCGCACACACUGCAAACUGAGAUCCUGAAGGAACUCGAUGCGAGAUUGCAAUGCCGCGACUACUCACCGGAGUUCAAAGAAGAGAAAUCCUACAAAGACGAGAGACCAGUGGAGACAAUCGAUCUUGGAGGGUCUGAUGACAGGCACAACACACCCCAAGCGGAAGAAGAGGAGGAACACGACCGUUCCACACCAAAGAAGUCAGACGGUGCGGAGGAUGAGGAGGGGGGAAACGAGGGAGACGACAGCGGUCCUUCCCGCGGGCAGUCGCAAGACACCGACGAGGACGACAACAGCGACGGCAAAUCAGCCAGCCAGAGUACCGGCGAAGACCAGAGCGCCGCUUCGGAAGGAGAUGAUUCGCCAUCUCUUUCGAGGACGCUGCGCAGCGAAGGAGAACGACAGGCACGCAAUGGCAGCAACACUGAGGAUCGUGUCGGUGACAGACAAAUCGUGCAGCACGUGAGCGUCACUGGAAAAGAGGACACGUUUUUCGCGGCGAUGCAAGCGACGGUCAAACUGGCAGGGGGGACAGCAGAGGAAGGGUUGCGGUCUCACAUUGCAGAGCGCGGGAUUCGAGCUGUCAUAGGGGAAUGCAACAGAAUUAUGACGACGAUCCGAGGAGAGAUUACCUGGCAGGCGAAGCAUUGGUUCUGGGCAGAAAAAGGGAUUCCGCUAGUCGGAUCGCAGCAAUCGGACCACCACCUCCCCGCUCGCAACAAGAUGCGCGGCGAGAUGAAAGAGAACAAGACAUGGAGACGGAGCGGCGACGAUCCGUGGGGCGCCCCCGCCUUCAAGACGGCACUCUUAAAAGUUUUCCAAAUGAGGAAGGAAGGACGAAACCUCGGCGUCACCCUGCAGCAACUCGCUUUCGCGGAGAUGGUCAUUCAAUGUGAGAUAGAACAGACAACGAAGACGACACGAGCUGCGGAGCAGAUAGAAAAAUUGGUAUCUAUAAAGCAGGCAAUCGUGUCAUCUCUACGAGCGCGCGAGACGGUAAUGAGUUUUUCCGUCUUCAAGCUGGACAAAUCCGUAUCCGUGGCUGAGAAGGCAGCAGUCCUCUUUCGCUGUGGCACGCCGUGUGACGACAGGCCUGGCCUCCUAAGGACCACAAUAACGGAUGACGAUUACGACGUCGAAUACAUUCUCCCUCAGAGUACAUCAGCCGGCGGCGGGGGGGCGCGCACCGACAGUUUGUGCGCCGCACCCUGAAAAUUUAGAGACAGUUUGGCUACAUUUCGACAUGGA